UUACGUGACUUGGCACUCGGACAUUCUUGGUUAGGAGGAGUGCGUGAAGGAUCUGACCGAAUUCCAAUGGCAACCUCUCUCACUGGCGUCGGUAUUCUCUGGGCUACUUUGUCCCUUGCGGCCGCAUUGUUAUGCUGCACAGGAUUCUAUCUGCCGUUCUGGAUUCAGGGUCGUUUGCUCGGCAAAGUGGAUGCAUAUUUCAGCUCCUUCCGCCGCUGUAAUUACCCCCGUGUGAACCCUCAGGGUGUUGUUGAAAUUGUAGUGGAAUGCGGUCGAUAUUCCAGGUUUUGGGACAUACCAAGCCCAUGGUGGCAGGCUAGCACUAUAUUAGUUGGGACAGGAAGUGCCCUCAGUUUGCUCAUUGCUGUAACAGCUACAGCUGCCUGCUGUAUUACCUACGUCAUCCAUUCAGGAAAUGCGAAAAUAGCUGGAUCAGCCCAACUAUUAUCAGCUCUUCUGGUGAUAGGGGGAGCGGCGGUCUACCCUGUGGGAUGGGACAACAGAGAGAUGCGGGAGUCCUGCGGGAACAGCAGUCAAAUAUAUAGACUAGGCACCUGCCAGUUGUCAUGGUCGGCGUAUCUGUUAGCAUUCGCAGUUCUUCUAUUGCUGGUGUGUUUCUGUCUAAGUUUUUGCGCGUCUCGGGUGAAAGCCGGCUCGUUCAGGAUCUGAGUGUACAGCGUAGGCAUGUUACGGAUCAACGUGUAGCUCUCAGGCUGGCGAAUCAGGUGCCAAUGACGAACUCCAUCGAGUGCCUCGACGAGACAGCUGGGACCUCGAAAAACCAUCUGCCAUUGAAAAUUAUCCACGCAGAUAUUGAAAACGUGCCGCUUUCACCCGUGAUAGGUGUCGCGAACAUUAGUGAUGCCGUGAAAAGUUUGCCGAAGUGUUUGUUGCAUACGGACGGAACUGUUUUCGACUAAUCAUUUCAGGGCAAUCGUCAAAUUUUCCUCCACUUCCUAGGCAGUUUCAUCAGGAGAACAGAACUGUGAUGAAAUCAACCAUCAUUUUUCAUCAAGAAAAUAGGAACAGAAUAAAGUCAUCAAUUUUUUUUUUUCAAAUUUUUGUUUCUUUCAUAUCGUCAUUUGGCGUUGGAAAUCCUGUAUUAAGCUUGUUUCUUCCCAAGAAAAAGCAUUUUUUCCCACUGAUACUAUUUCCAAGACGAUAUUUGAGAAAUAUAAAAUCAUUUUUUGAACAAAGAUUAUGCAGUAAAAUAUUUACAAAUAUUACAAUAUACUAUAAGGAUAAAGUUCAGAUGGACUGUCUUGGAAGUGAUCAUAAAUGGAUUAUACUUUCACUGUGAAUAUGUUACUUCCUAUUCAAGGAAUUUGUUUGUUAUUGAAUGGAUUCUUAUCAGAACCGUAUCCAUUAUUGUGUUCGAAUAAAAUGUUGUGUUUGAGCGAGAAAGAGACUAUUAUAUUAAUCAUUCCAGAACGCCGAAAACGAUGUUGAAAGUUCAGUCAGAAUCAUCACAGAAUUUCUGAUUCACGGAAUGCUUUUUUUUGCAUUUUCGUUGAUCCAUUCGUUAAAUUUAUCAUUGAAACCAAAUGAAUGUGUCGAACUCUAAUAAAGACUCGA